AACAACCAUGUGAAUUGCGGCGCUGCAUGGCGCGAGUCAAGUCGAUCGCCGAGACUGUACAGCACUGUGCCAUUCGUGUGCGAUUUUUACUGUGCAAAAUUUGCCCACCUUGGAUUUCUCAAUACUCAAUUAAAUCUUAUCACCAAACACUGGCUCUUUACUGCGUAUUAUUCGAACCAAGCCAUAAGCUUGUUGGGGAUAAAAAGUCUCGAGAAGGGCAGAAAUAAUUGAACAAGGGCCAAAAUCAAAGCCACAAGUCUUGAUCCCCUUGUUGGGAUAGAGGAAAGGAAGGAGAAAAAAAAAAAAAAAAAACUCCCCGCAAUAGCGGCCUAAACACACCCCGGCAUGGCACCGGCACCAGCGACUGAACCCGCCCAGGGCACAACUGCCACCGUUCAAGAGAUUGAACGCCAGCGCCAUGCCCUUCAAGAUAACACGACCAAGCUGAGGGCCCUUCUUCAAGAAUGGCGCCUCUGGGACGUCGAGUAUGAGGCUCUCAAGGAGGAGGUGGAGGAGGCUCGCGGCCGCGCCGACCUGGUCCGCAUUCGCCGUAAUUUUGAAGGCCGUCUCGUAAACGCCAAGGAGGUUUCUGAUAUCUUUACCGGCAGCAACAAGGCGGACAGCGAUGCCAUCAAGUCCGCAGACCAGAUCAUCAACCAGCUGGACAGGCGCCUCGACUACGUCCAGCGGAACAUUGAGUCUCUGGAGAAGCAGGUCAAGAAGGCCGAGGACAGGGCCGCCGCCGCCGAGGAAGCUGCGGCAGGACCAGGGAAUGGCGGUGCGAGCGGGACUGAUGAGGAUGGCCUGCCGAUUAUGGAUAUUGUGGAGGAGCUGGACGAUGACGACAAUGUCUUGUCCUUCAGAGUGCAGCGGCCUGGGGAGACGGAGGCCAAGGUCAGCGAGGUGCUGAAGAAGGCCGGCGUGGAGCUGAAGCAGGACGACGACGUCGAAUCGUCAGAUGAUGAGGGCGACGUACCAGCGAAGAAACGCAUUGAGGAAAGCGCGGAAAAGCUGCCAUCCCCGAAUGCGCAGAGCUCUACAGCAUCCCCAGCCAGCAAACCCGAUCCUAUCAUAAAAAGCCAAGCCAAGCCCACUACUCCUACUCAAGAUGUCCCAGCAGCAGGUAAGAAGGGGGUGUCGUUCAGCGAAGACACCAAACCUGCCGCCGAUGGGGACAUCAAUGGCGCGACCAACCCCAUGCAAACCAAGACGCAGAAGAAGAUUGAGGAGAUAAUGCGACAAGCCAGGGAACAAGAGCAGAUGGCCACGAACCCGCCAGUGAUCCCCGACGAUGAAUCCGACGAUGAUGCCAAGCUGCGACGCGACAUGUUGGCAUACAGCAUGAACGAGAUCGGGCCCGUCGUCGCCGAGCUGGAGCUCGAGGAGGCUUAUUCCGACGAAGACGAAGAAGACGGGAUGGAGGACUAUGGGCUUUACGAUGACGACGAUGAGGAUGCAUAUGAUGAUGACGACUACGAUGACGAUGAGGACGAAGAAGAGGACGAAAGGGGCCGCUCGAAGCGUAGUGCGCUUAGCCCGGCUUAUCGGAAGAGGAUGCUCGAGCUGGAGAAGAGGCUCGGCGUUGGGCGGCAGUCCGUUGGGAAGCAGUCAACUGUGGUUGCCACUGCUGAUGAACCAGAAGACGAAGAAGGCGAGAAAAUCGACUACGAUGAACCACGGUUGGGUCGUAUCGCAAUCCGUUCCAACCCCACGACUACAACCACAACUACCACCCCCGCAAUACGACCAACGCCAAAUCCGCCAACUGUUUCGGCAAUGAAAUCGCCUACCACCGCAGCCGCCACGUCAACCGCAAAGAAAGGAGUCAGGUUUGCCCAGGAGGUCGACAUCGCAGAGGAGCCGGCAGGUGCGCCGCUUGCAGAUCCUCACGGGCCGGUCGAGCCAAAGGUGGAGCCUGUGAGCGAUAUUGUUGAACGAGUCCCUGUAGGACCCAAGCAGGCACCGACUCGAUUCCUCGACACGAUGGAGCCCAAUAUAGCACCUUCGGGACCAGAAGGCCGUACACUGGCCGAUGCUGUCAUGGAGCGGGAGCCGGUGACUAAGCCACGGGAGCCCAGCGAGUUUGACGCUGACCUGCUUUAUCAGGAAGCUGCGGUCGAGUACCACCGCUUGCGAAACAAGAUGAUACAGAGAGAGGGAGGGUUUGCCAAGGAGAAAGAGUCGGCGAUAGAACCGCUGGAUGAGAGCGAGGGUGGACCCAAGAAGAUGAGCCGAUUCAAGGCGGCGAGAUUGGGUCGAGUAUAGAUUUCAUACCCUCACUGUAUGUAUACAUGUACCAGACGCAGUGUAAUUAGACAAAAACAACCCAAACCAAACCAAAUAGCCUUGAGGCCCGCGCAUAUUUUAUCAGUCAUUAAAUCGUGGUCUUCGUCGCUUUGAACUACGUCAGAAAAAAACCGGACAAAGAAGGAAACCCAAU